AUGGCGCAUUUACCUGGAACCAAAAAACUGUACGCGAAAGAUAACGAAGAACCUCGAGUUUUCGAAACUAUCUUCAGCGAAUUCGUCGUGCGCGCCUUAGUGACUGCAAACUUCACCAACCAUCACAACGAAGCAGAGCCAUAUACCAUGUGCGGUGGCGCCGGCACGGAGUAUGGACGUUACCGCUUAGAACUCCAGUUGCUUACGGAACCACAUGAAAUAGCCCAAAUCGCUGUGUCUAAGUGA